GUCCCGGUCCUUUGGCCUGGCUGAGAGUUCUUAUGGUCACUCCCGGAAGGGCAGCAGUGCUGGCGGCGAGGCCGCAUCCUAUGGCAACUUAGUGGACGCGCAGGACACCGACUAUAGUCACUUUAGUCAUUUCACUUCGAAGUUGACAGAUGCAGAUGGCAUGGAAGCCCAGGUUCAUACAGAGCCUGAGGUCCUCCAAUUGGAGCACCCGGAGCGCACCUUGGCGCGCACCGCCAGCGACCGGGAAUCCAUCAGCGAUGGCCUCGCGAGCCGUUCGCCGGGCUCGGGACGGCCGUCGGCGGCGCCGACGGUGACCACCGUGGCGAGGGCGGACCGCAGGGGCUCCCGCAGCGCGCCGUUGAUCAGCUUGGAGGAUCUUGAGAUUGAACAGGUGGAGCAGGCGGUCAUUGUGACGCCCACCAACCAGCUGAAGCAGAAACACCUGGUUUUUGCGAUGGUGCAUGAGGAGGAACAGCCUGUUUUAAAGCCGCAGCUCAAGUCCGUCCACUUCGUGGGGGUGGAUUCCAACGUGGCACCUGAGGAGAGCCCCAACCGAAACCGCCUCUCUACUGGAGCCGGACCCCUGCCUCCCAGAGAGGAGAAGGAAGUGGAAACUUCAGCCAGUAACGUCCCUUCAGAGGCUCCCGCUGGAUCAAAAUCCGCGAGUGGCACCUCUGAGUCGAAUGUCCAGGAUGUCCACAUAGAGCUGGAGAUCGAGGACAAGAAGACAGAGAGGCGCAGCUCCGGUUCAUCCUCCAAGUCGGCCAAGGGUUCUCCGCGCAUCAGUGAUGAGGAGGCCUUGGCCGCUUUGGAGGUGGCACAAUGGCCUCCUCCCAAAGAGAAACACGCGGAGAAGGUCUCCACUUCGGCCCCUGUGACCAUGGUUACUGGACGAUAUGUGGACGAGGACACCCCGGUCACGCCAUUGCCAUCGCCACCCAUCGCACCGGCCACGCCGGCGCCGGCGAUGACGCCGGGCGCCAGCCCGCCGCCGUCGGCGGCAGCUGCGGCAGCUGCAGCCGCUGCAGCCUGGACAGGUGCAGCCUCUGGUGCGCGUUCUGCCAUGGCAGCGGCUGGCAGCCGCGUGAGUAGCGGAGGGGCAGCUCUGGCCACCCUGGUAAGUCCCGAGCCAACCAACGGAAAAGAAGGCCUCGAGCGAGAGCAGCGAGAGCGAAAGCACUCGGUCUUCAGCGGUCGUUUUAUGCCGUUGUCUUUAUGGGCUCAAGCUGAAAGUGCCACCCCUCCGCAGUCCGGGCCGGGGUCGCCGGAGCAGAAGCAGGACGUGAAGUUCGAUGAUGACGAUGGAUCCUCGCCUUCGGUGACAGGCAUAGCGGCGGGCAUCCUGUGGGUCCGAGAAGCCGUGCCGACGCCGUCGGAUCAGAACGCCCUGCCGACGCCGCCCAUCGCGCCGGCGGAGCGCAACAAGGUCGCGGCUAGGGGAUCCUCGGCUCCGCCAGACCCCUGCCGAGCCAAAACAGAUGAUGAGGCAGAUAAAGGCCCACCCGUUUCUCUUCCUAGGCCCAUGUCUGCCGAUUCCAUGCCAGACAAGGAGCGGAAAACAGGCGUGUCCAGCGCCACCUUAAAGGUGCCCCGUGAGGACGACCGCGCGGGCAGCCUGAGCCCUUCCAGCCCUUCCAGCGCCUCCGGGAGCCGCGGGCGCCAGGGAGGCGGCCAAGCAGUUUUACCGUCGACCUCUAACCGGCACCUUUCGCCGAGUCCAGCGGUUGUUACGCAGGACUCCAAAGUGCUGCGAGACGAAUUACACAUUUCAAGGACGAAUUCGCGACCGCCGGCUGUGAAUGCGGCAGCGGCCGAAACGCCAAAAACCAAGGAGGAACGCGUUGAGGACCUGGAGGACUUACAACCGGCACCUUCAGCAGGGCCUGAUGAGCGCAUCUCCACAACGAGGAUGCCCUCGCUGAAGCAGACUGAAGUGGCCACUGAGGGCCUAUCCACGUCCUCAAGACAAGCAUCUCCCGCCGCUGUGGAGCCGUCUUCGGAAGAGCAGAGGCCAACGAAGGUGCGCUCUCGAGAGAGUGACAGCCACGGGAGCCUCGAAAGCGCUUCCCCGGAGCGCGAACGGCGCCACACACACUUUGUGGGCGCAGGUCCACAAAAAAGUCAAAGUCCGCCCACCAGCAGGAGUGGCAGUCGAAAAAGCUGCGCUGCAGGCCUCACUUCAACGGUCAGGCAGGACCUCCAGGACUUGCGUGCUGCCUACGCCCUGGAAGGCCUGUUGUCCGAUAGCUACGAAGCGCAUGGGGCGACUGGAGCAGGUGGAGUUGAGGCUGAAAAGUCUGGUUCACCUGCAGAGGAUUCCUUCGCAGCUCCAGUGGACUUCACUUUUGCCAUGACGCUGGAUGGAGAGGAUCCAGGGCCCACCAGAAGCGAGGAGGAAACCAUGGAGGAUGCCGCUCAAGCCUCUGGUGAUGGAUGGUGUGCCUCCACCUCCACGACUGCCGGACCUGAGAUUCGUUCCUGGAGGCGGGAGGACCUUUUGAAACCCAAGUCCGACGCGGCGACGGUGGAUUCCUUGGAGGUGAAUGUGAAGAGGUUUGAGCCUUGCAAAGAAGUCUACGAGCUGCGACCUCAAUUUUCCGCCGUUGUAGCCGCCCUUGGGAGCAGCCUGGGGGAAGCCAAUGGGUUUUGGGGUGUUUGGCCCAAUCUUGAGAAACACUCAGGAAUCACAGUUGGAUCCCAGUGGCCCAGAAGAGGCGACGAGAACUGGUGGCGUUUCAAUGGUGCGGAAUCCAAAACACCCGAGAUGUCACAGACGGCCUACGGCACCUUGGCAGGACAGCUGGUGGUGCUCUUGAAGAAGACCAUCCCUCGGAAGGACUGGAUGGAACGAGUCGCCAUGCGCCUCGCAAGCCUCGUGAGGAACCGCAAUGGCCGUGGUGGGCAGCUGAGUUCAUGCUGCCGAAUGGCGAUGGAAAUCCAGGGCUUUUCCAUUGCGGAAAUGCUCGAGUUUGAAUGGCUCCAAUUACCAGGACGCCCUGGAUUGUCUGAGACUUCAGGUAGCCCCAUGAAAGUGUCGAGGGCGGCUUCGGUGGCCAUGGCCGACCGACCGGUGGGCGAUGGUGACAAUACCUGUGUUCACGGGUCCCCGCGCCAUGGUGGCAUGGCAGCGCCGGAUGGGGAGACGCUGGCAGCGCUGUGUACCAUCAUCACCACCACCUCCCCGACGCCAUCGAAUCCAUCGACUGAGCUGAUCUUCUCGACCUUGGAGAGUCUGGCUGAGUAUGCGCCUGAGUUGCUCGAGUGUCGCCACAUCAUCGUCUGCGAUGGCUAUAAAUGCGCCAGCGACAGCAAGUUUCGCAGUGGGGUGGUCACGGCGGAGCGAGCCCAUGCCUACGAACAAUACAUGGAUAUCCUGGAGCUCCAAGCGCAAAAAGCCUCCGAAGUCGAUCCCUCGGACGGCUCCCUGGAAGACCGACUGUGGCGAAAGGUCUGGGUGGUGCGGCUGGCGGAGCGACAGGGCUUCGGCUUUGCGGUGAAGGCAGCUUUGGAGUUGGUUCAGACGCGCUUCGUGUGCGUGAUGCAGCACGACCGCACCUUCAUGCGGCCUUUCCACGACGUCCUGCCCUUGUUGAAGGCGAUGAUGGCGGAUGAGCAGUUGAAAAUGGUGGGUUUGCCAACCACCACCAACGAUCCCAGCAAGUACAUCACCCAGGCCAUCACCAAGCUUGGGGAGAUGAAAGUCCAUCAUCCACCUUUCGAAAGUCUGGUGGUCACCUCCCCUGUGUGUCCACAGCUGCGCUUCAUCCCGAUGAUCAUGUGGCACGACUCCACACAUUUCGCUUCUACUGAGUACUAUCGCAGCUUCGUCUUCGGUCGCAGGCGGCGCCUGGUCACCAAGGGCGGAUUCAUCGAAGAUAAACUCGGCCAGGAGCAAGGAAUGGACCUGCGGAACAUUGGCUGGCGCAGUCAUGCGAACUACGGCACGUUUCUGUUGGACGACGGAGCCCCAGCGCCCGCACGGAUGGUGGGACAUUUGGAUGGAAAACGCUACCUGAGGAUCGCCGCCAAGAUGGCCCUGGAAGCCUCCGAACGCGCGCGCCACGCCGCCUCCUCGUCGCCCGAACGCGUCGGCACCGACGGCGACGCGGGCGGCGCGCUGGCGACGGACGAGCUGUUCCGGGCGCUGCGGUGA